CUAGCAGCUGGCUCGUUCGUAUUACUGUGUAAGUUCACGGUAAACCCCACUGUACAUCGUACAUUUCGCGCUCUUACGUCUUAACUCGUGGUCCCACAGCGUGACAUUUCAUCGCGGCAGUUUGCCCAUUUGGUGCAAAGCCUAACGACGUUAACGAGUCAACUCGUGCCGUCCCAACAGUGGACGAAACACGGGUGUGAGAUGAGAUCACGAAUUGUGCUGUACGGCCGGUAAUUCCGUAGUACCUGCUCGGAAUGAGAGGAUGAAUCAUCGGCCUUUUGACAUCACCUAUGCUUGAAGGAACGGCGUAAUUCGAAUAAAAUUAAGAAACCCAUUGAAACAAACAUGACUAAAAGAUUCGAAUUCAAUUGGCAAAUGGAAGUGCCGGAGGCACUUCGCAUUGGCUGUGUAUGUGACCGCUGGACCGAGGAAAAGGACAACACUGAAAUUGAGCUGAAUUGCACGUUCAAGGUCGAUGAAUACGGUUUCUUCAUCUAUUGGCAGAGUGAGGGCAAGGACGGGGACGUUAUCGAGUUGUGCCAAGUGAGCGACGUGCGGGCUGGUGGUGUGCCUAAGGAUCCGAAGCUCUACGACAAGUUGGUCUCGAAGCAUGGCGAACAGUUGGAUGAUAAAAGUCUGACCAUAUGCUCUGGAGUCGAUUACACCAAUAUAAAUUAUCAGCACGUUGUUUGUUCAGACACCACUACGGCGAAGAUAUGGCUGGCUGGAAUUCGUCGUAUUACACAUAAUGUAAAAGCUAAUAACGUUUGCCCGUUGACUUGUCUAAAAAAACAUUGGAUGAGAUUGAGAAUGCUCGUGGAUCCCAAUGGAAAAGUUCCGGUGAAGGUAGUUGCAAGGACCUUCGCAUCAGGGAAAACAGAAAAGCUCGUUUAUCACUGUCUCUCUGAACUUGGUUUGCCGAGCGGAAAAAAUGAUGUUAUAGAGCCGGAUGAUUUCACCUUCGAAGCAUUUUAUGCACUUUACCAUAAAAUCUGCCCCAGAAAUGAUAUCGAAGAACUGUUCCAAUCCAUAACUCAGGGUAAAGCCGACACAAUCAAUUUGGAACAGCUGAUUACGUUUUUGAACGAGAAACAGCGCGAUCCGACUCUGAAUGAGAUACUAUAUCCGUUGUAUGACGAGAAGAGAGCGUCGGAGAUCAUCCAUGAUUACGAGCAGAAUGAAGUAGCAAGAAAUCAAAAGACAAUGACGAAGGAUGGCUUUAUAAGAUAUCUCAUGUCGGACGAGAAUGCUCCAGUAUUUCUCGACAGACUGGAUGUCUACAUGGAUAUGGAUCAACCAUUGGCCCACUACUACAUAAAUUCAAGUCACAAUACCUAUUUGAGUGGGCGGCAAUUCGGUGGCAAGAGUAGCGUGGAAAUGUACAGACAAGUGCUGCUGGCAGGCUGCAGAUGCGUUGAGCUGGACUGCUGGGACGGAAAAGGCGAAGACGAAGAGCCCAUCAUUACCCAUGGGAAAGCAAUGUGCACUGAUAUCUUAUUCAGGGAUGUUAUUUACGCUGUUCGAGACACGGCAUUCGUCACGUCUGAUUAUCCGGUUAUUCUCAGUUUUGAGAAUCACUGUAGCAAGACGCAGCAGUAUAAACUGGCGAAAUAUUGCGAUGAGAUACUGGGCGAUCUCCUGCUGAAGGAGCCCGUGAAAGAUUAUCCGCUGGAGCCUGGCGUAUCGUUGCCACCGCCAAGUCUCCUGAAACGUAAGAUUCUCAUUAAGAACAAAAGACUAAAGCCAGAAGUCGAGAAGCAGGAAUUGGAGCUCUUCAAACAGGGGCAAUUUGUCAUUGAAGAUGAGGUGAAAGAAGACGCUAGUGCACCACCAGGAGUGGCAGCAGUCGUCGAGCAACAGCAAUCGGUAGACUCUGCAAUUGUUGAUGUCAUCGUGCAACAACAGUCGCAGAACUCCAGCGGCGGUCCAGCCGGCCUAGGAGACAGCCUGGAACUGGCUGUUGUCCAGCAAGUACCUUACACUGGAAGUACCACCAAUGUCCACCCCUGGCUGUCUUCAAUGGUGAAUUAUGCUCAACCAAUAAAGUUCCAAGGUUUCGACAUCGCAGAACAGAAGAAUGUCCAUUACAACAUGUCUUCCUUCGCCGAGAACACCGGUCUAAAUCACUUGAAGACAUCAGCUAUUGAAUUUGUCAAUUAUAACAAACGCCAAAUGAGUCGGAUCUACCCGAAAGGCACACGAGCCGACUCUUCUAAUUAUAUGCCACAGGUCUUUUGGAACGCUGGUUGCCAAAUGGUUUCACUGAAUUUCCAAACGGCCGACUUGCCAAUGCAACUCAACCAAGGUAAAUUCGAAUAUAACGGCUCGUCGGGUUAUUUAUUGAAGCCAGAUUUCAUGAGACGCGCUGAUCGAAGUUUCGAUCCAUUCGCUGAGAGCCCAGUUGACGGUGUGAUUGCUACUCAAUGCAGUGUCCAAGUCAUUGCUGGACAAUUUUUAUCAGACAAGAAAGUUGGCACGUACGUGGAGGUUGAAAUGUAUGGCCUACCGACAGAUACGAUACGGAAGGAGUUUCGGACUAAAGUUAUCCCGGCUAAUGGCUUAAAUCCCGUCUACAAUGAGGAGCCGUUCUUAUUCCGUAAAGUCGUGUUACCGGACUUGGCAGCACUGCGGUUUGCAGUUUAUGAUGAGAAUGGACGCUUGCUAGGGCAGAGAAUUGUUCCACUUGAUGGCCUGCAAUCUGGAUAUCGGCAUAUUGCUCUACGCACAGAAGCUAACUUUCCAAUGUCCCUGCCAAUGCUAUUCUGCAAUAUUGAGAUUAAAAUUUACGUGCCAGAUGGAUUUCAAGAGUUUAUGGAUGCAUUAACUGCACCUCGAGCUCCGAGAAAAACAGAAAUAACAUCCCAAGCAAGAUUACGAGGCUUAGGAAUGGAUGAGGGUGACAGAUUUCCAGGCGAUUCUUCACAAUCGCGACAACUGGAAACUGCUAAACCACGAGAAAUAAUGGAAUUUGAACCGAUCACGGUGGAGUCACUGCGCCAAGAAAAAGGAUAUCAGAAACUCGUUCGUAAACAACAAAAAGACUUGGAAUCUCUGAAGAAGCGGCAGCAGAAGGAGCGAAAUGCCGUGCAAAAACAGCAAUGUGCAGCUAUUGAGAAAUUGAUAAAAGGAAAAAACAAAGCCGACUUAUCGAGGGAUCCAAUCGUUCGCAGAGCUGUCUCAGAGCAGACAGCCCAGUGGUCACAUCUUGCUGAACGCCAGAGGCGUGAGGAACGUGACUUAAUACGCACUCAUUUGGAGGAGCGCCGUAUACAGCUGCGAAAGUUAUGCAUUGCAGCGCAAUCGAGUCAAACGAAACAACUUAUUGCUAGACACGAAAGAGAAAUUAAAGAGAUGAAUGCUAAACAAGCUAGAUCGUCAGUAGAGAGUACUAGGGAGGUGAUGAAUGAUAAAUCAUUGAAGACAAGGCAGAUUAAGGAGGGAAGACUGCGCGAGAAGCAGCAGAAUAACACAAAGAAAUUUAUGGAAGAACGCAAAAUGGCACAAAUUAUACAAAAUCGGGAGAAGGAAAAAUUGAAGAUGAUACAUAAUGAACAACUGGAGGAGUUGCAGAAGGAAAUGAAUGGGGUGUUGGAGAUGCACAAAAAUGAGGAAAUUGAGUAUGAGCUGGGUCCAAAGAAUGAGUUCUAUGUGUGAUUACUUGCGCCGAUGCUUAGUCCAUUCGCCGCAUAGUCUAUAGCUUAAAAUAUAAAAGUAAUUUAAAAGAGAAUCUUCAAAUAAUUAACUAUUAUCGUUGAAUUAUUGGAAUUGGGAACAAGUAAGAUCUUUGCGUUAGUACGGUCAUCCUUAAGCUUGUGCUCGGUGGCCAUAUCACUCGGCGUCUUGAAGAUUUAGAAAAUGAUAUUGAAAUAGAACCAAGAAAUUUAACAUUAUAGAAAUGAAACUUUAAAAUGAAAUGAUACACGAAAGCACAUAUUAUUACUAUGAAUAUCUGUAAGUAUUUCCUCAAUAUUUUUUUAUAAAGGUCUCAUUCCACGUGACAAACGUGAGUAGGUGUACGAGAUCGAGCAGUCAAUAAUUGAAGAAAAAAGUGAUCUAGUCGAAAUCUUUUUAGUAUAAUUUUCGAGAUAUUGAAAAAUGAUGAAAACUUGUAGACGAGUCGUCUGUAUUGCGCCAUCACCAUCUCUUGGAUUUUUAGAUGCAAAAAUAUUGUUAUUAUAUAAUAUUGAAUUCUAUUCAUUAAAAUAAAUUGAAGUGAAUGAAAAACAAGUGGACAUUUGCUUUUUUUAAUGAAUGAGUUUGGUUAAUGGUGCUAAUAAAUUAGCAAUUUGCUUCCGAAUGGAUCACUCCGACGUGUCACUCCUCUUCACAUUACUUUUUGUUAUUUAUUUGGUCCCAAAAUCUUUCAAUAAACAUUAAUUCUUAAUUAAA